AAAAACAAUAUACACAAGAAAAAACAUAAAACGCAAACGAAGCAAAAAACCUACACGAUAUUCUAACACUGAGAAUGCUGUUAAGAAAUUAAAAAACCCAACAACGACAAAAGUAAUGAUGUAUUAGAUACUUUGUGCUUUGAAAAUUUUUUGUGUCAUCUAAAUUUGUAGUUAAAACCCGCAUAUAAAAAAAAACCAAAAACAGGAAAAAACAUUGUGUGGUGCUGUUGUUUUUGAAGAGUCCCCUUCCCCUCCAAGAACUUUUUGUCACAUAUAAAUUUCUAGUUCCAUGGUGUGUGUUGUACGAUUGCUGCUACUUCUGCUUUUGCCCCAUCCUGCUGUGCAUAUCUAUACAUCCAACAAUAUUUAGUCUUCACAAAACUAAACAUGAUGCUGGACGACGACAACUCGGAUCUCUUGGCUUGUGCCACCGAGAUACAACCAGAUCGCUUGUACUUUGUGGUAUUCAAGAAGAAUAUCAAGCCAAAGAAUACGGCGAACACACAUUAUUUCAACAUCGAUGAGGAGUUUGUGUAUGAGAAUUUCUACAAUGAUUUUGGGCCACUCAAUCUGUGUAUACUAUAUCGCUACUGCAUGAAGCUCAACACGAAAUUAAGUGCCAAGGGGCACGCGAACAAGAAAAUCGUGCACUACACCUCAAUGAAUCCGGCGAAGCGUCUAAAUGCGGCCUACCUGAUUGGUUCGUAUGCAAUAAUCUACCUGAACAAGUCACCAGCCGAGGCAUAUAAACUACUUGUUGCCGGCGAUUUGCCAGCGUAUACGCUGUUCUGUGAUGCCAGCUAUGGACCCAGUAGCUUUAAGAUCUCGCUGCUCGACUGCCUCAAUGCCAUAUACAAGGGCCUGCAGGCGGGCUUCUUCAAUUUCAAUGACUUUGAUGCAGAGGAGUACGAGUAUUUUGAGCGUGUCGAAAACGGCGAUUUCAAUUGGAUUGUCCCCCAGAAGUUUAUCGCCUUCUGUGGGCCACAUCAAAAGUCGAAGACGCUACCCAACGGUUAUCCAUGCCAUGCACCCGAACGCUAUUUUAGCUAUUUUCGGGAUAACUUUGUGACGACCGUGAUACGUCUGAAUGCCAAAGUGUAUCAUGCUUCGUCGUUUGAGAAUGCUGGCUUCGAUCACAGGGAUCUGUUCUUCAUUGAUGGCAGCACGCCCAGCGAUGUCAUACUCAAGAAAUUCCUAAACAUUUGCGAGACGACAAAGGGCGCCAUUGCGGUGCAUUGCAAGGCGGGCUUGGGACGCACGGGCAGCUUGAUUGGCGCCUACAUCAUGAAGCAUUACGGGUUUAGUGCACUGGAGGCUAUCGCUUGGCUGCGUUUGUGUCGUCCUGGCUCUGUGAUUGGCCAUCAGCAGCAGUGGAUGGAGGACAAGCAGAGUUGGUUGUGGUCGGAGGGCGAGCGCAUGCGUCGCCGCAGCUCGUUGCCCAUGCUGCAGCACAAGUAUGGCAUCUAUAGCUUGGAUCUGAAGACGAAACUGGUGGAGAACGAACAACUGCGACAGCAGCAACAGCAGCAGCAGCAACAGCAAUCCUCGGCGAGUCCCUUUGACCAUGUGGAUCUGUUGUUGACACGCGUCAAGGGCAUUUCACAGCGGGUGGACACAAUGCAUUUGCAUGAUCAGGACACGCUGGAUGCGAAUAGCUACAGCGGCGGCGGUGGCAUUGGUGGCGGUGAGCAGACCGAUGAUGAGCUAUCCGAACGGCAGCUGGAAUUGCAGGAGCAGGAUCUGCACUAUCAGUCGACGGACGAAACGAAUUGCAAUGUCAGCGACAAUGAUACGGACACCGCAAGUGCUGCGGCCGAUCAACCGUUGAGCUCCACCACCAGCUACACGAUUUCAACGCGUCGCCGCAAAUCGCCAUCGAGCGCCAACAAGCCAACGAUUAUAGCCACCUCGCUGCGUCGUCUGGUCAAUCCUAAUGCCGCCUCGCGCAGCAGCAAUAACAAUGGGGGCAAUGGCAACAAUCUUGUCUUGGAGCCAAAUGCCGUGGGCAGUUGCACGGAGAAGAAGCUGCGCAAACCGAGUGCCAAUGUGUUUGAGGCGGCUCGCCAUACGAUUGCCUCAUCGGUGCGCAUGACGCAGACGGCGCUGGAGAAGAGCAAGGCGCAGACGCAGGGCGAUAAACUGAAUCAAAUCAAGGCGUUGCGGCGGCAUCAUUCGCGUGCCAGCAACACAGCAGCGGGCAACAGUGAAAUUGACAGCAAUCUGCGGCAUACGCGCGCUCGUUCUCAGCCAUUUCGGAACAACAACAAUGUGGUUGCCAUGUCCACGACGACAUCGUUGCCUCUCAAAGCGGUGACAACGACAACAGCAACAACAACAACGGCAGCGGCAGCGGCAACAACAUCACAUAACCUUAACAACAACAACAACUACAAUAAUCUAAGCAACUCCAUGCAUAACUGUAACAAUAAUAGCACUAACAACAACAACAACAACAAUGUGCAGACCAACUCGACGGCUAGUCGCACUCGCAGUCUGGCCAUCUAUAGCAAAAGACACAAGGCAGCUUAGCGAUGAGCAACAUCAGCAGCAGCACAACUUCAAUUUGGGCAGCAAGCGUAGCAAACGUUCCCUGAGCUCCACACGCAUCGAGAAGGACAAAUGCGACGAGUACAACACGAAAUUGUUGCGCAAAACAAGUGUCGCUGCAGCAGCCG